AUGCAUUCAUCCGAGUCAUUGAUUGAACUUAUUAAUAAUAUAAAUGUUGAUAGUAUUAAUUAUCUGAAUAAUAGAAAAUUUUCUGAUGAAACAUUAAUAUCUGACAUAAUUCAUAAUGUACAACAAUGCCAUAAGCUACUGAACCAUUUCUUGGAUAACCCAUCGCAUAUUGCUAAUAAACAUCCACAUAUAUUAAGACCUUUACAAUCAUUGAUUGAAUUUACAAUUCAAAAAUAUAACUUUGUUGAUAUCGAGUCUGAAGUACUUGUGGUUCUUGAACAUAUAUCUGAAUUAAUUUAUGAUUGCAGCAAAAUAUACAGAGUUAGGAAGCUAAUAACAUCAUUUAAUAAUGAUAUAAUUUACAUUGAACCUGUAAUUACUGCCAUUGAACUAUUGAUUGCAAGGAAAUCAUCAUGGACCUUGUUAUACACUCUAACAUUGUGGCUAUCAUUAUUGAUUAUGGUACCUCUAAAUUUGGAGAAACUUGACAAUGAUGGAAAUCUAUGUAAAAGGAUCGUGAAAUUGUCUUUAUAUGGAUUAGAACAACCGGAUAAAAUUAGGGAUUCUUGCUCAUUCUUACUAUCAUACUACUUAACCAAAGAAUGUUACAAAUUUUCAGAUAUUUUUUCAAGUAUAAAAUUCUCAAAUGAAUUUAUUAAAAUUGGUGCUAUAUCCACAAUCAAAAGAUUUCUAAAAUUAAUUACCUCUGAGACUAUUGAUGUUCAAUCUGUUAAUAAAAUCCUAAAUUCUAUUGAUUUUUCCAACAAUUGCACAACACAUAAAUUGUAUCUAUCUGCCAAAUGCAGAUUAAUGUUACUUUCUUUAUUAACAGAUAACCCACUUGAUGUAUCGGAAUACGUUGGAGAAUUGGUUAGCGGAUUGGAAUCACAAUUUAAUGUUAUACGAUGGGUUGCAGCGAAGAGCCUCGGUAGAUUAUCCAAAAGGCUAGGCAAUGAUGUAGCAUUGGAGAUUGUUUCAUACAUAUUAAAUUUGACUUCAUCACAUGGAAAAUGUUUGGCUAUUGGUGAGAUAAUUAGAUCGGGUCAAUUAACUGAUCCCAGUAAAGAUUUGGUCGAUCAGAUUAUUUGUGUUGGUAUAGCAUCACUCAACGUCAAGCCCCGAUCUGUUAAGAAUGUAUGCAACGUUAUAGAUUCGGCAUGUUUCCUCUUCUGGUCAAUGGCAAUUACUUUCAAGCCAUAUCAUUUUACAUUUGAUCAGAAGAUAUUGAUUGUGCAAUCACUGGUUAAUAGUUGUCUAUUUGAGAUAUCAAUAAAUUCUCGUAGAACAGCAAGUGCUUCUCUACAGGAGUUUCUUGGCAGAUUAGGAUCUACGGCGAAUCCCAUCCCCAAUUCACUGGAAAUAGCUACUAUGCUUGAUUAUUAUUCAAUCCACAAUCAAAUACAUACAUAUACCCAAUUAUCAUUAGAUAUAGCCAAUCUUUCUUAUCAUGGCAAAAAUUACUACUCUACAUCACUAGUUGACCAUCUGUUAAAAUAUAAGUUGUUUCACUAUAAUUUGAAUACGAGAAUUAUGUCAUCAAUGUGUAUAUCAAAUAUUCAUCAUUUUUUGCCUUCAAAUUAUGUUAUCGUUAUGAUACCAGAUUAUAUUGGGGAUUUAUAUAAGCCAGAUAAAACUGCUAUUGAAAAACAUGGGAUAUUGUUACUAAUUAACUCCAUAAUUCGAUUUUCUACUGACAAUGAUGAAUUGGUGAGUGAAAUAUGUUUAAUCCCGGCCAAUGCUGAAAAGAUGAUGCUAUUUAAACUGGGGGAUUUAAUUAGGCAAGAAAUAUGCAAUCUCAUCAAUAACAUAUUCGAUACCAUUCCCAAUAAAUUAAAACAAAUGGAAAAGAUUAACAUUGGCCGUAUCAGGCCAAAAUUAUUACAUAUUGUUGAUGUAUAUAACAAGAUCAUCUUAGAUUCAUUAAAAUCAUUCUCACUUAAUGUACAAAUAUCUGCAGCGCAGUCCUUACAUCACAUAAUAAAUGAUGACAUUAUACAAAAUUUAUGCAAUACAAUACAAGCAUCUGGUCAGUCUGUUAACUUAUUGCGGGGUAAUUCUAUUGCGCUUGGUUAUUUACCCAAACAAUUUGUACAAAAUAAUUACCGAAUAUUACUUAAAAGCCUAUUUAAUGCUAUUUUUAUUGAUAUCGACAGAGAUGAAAUGGGUGAUGUCCAAUUUAGACAAUAUUGUCUAGUCAGUAUUGCAAGUAUAUUUGAUCAUAUUUAUGAUAUACAAAGUAUUGAUAUUGAUAUAUUUAAUUGCUUAAUCGAUGUUUUGGAUAGAACGUGUAAUGACUAUGAUAAAGAUGAGAGAGGGGAUGUAGGUUCAUGGACUAGGGAGAUUUCUCUUGAAGUUAUAGCAUCAAUCAUUUACAAAUUAAACAAUAAGAUUACAUAUGAUGAUAUUGAAUCUAUUCGUAGAAUAAAUUUUAAAUUAUUAUACAGCAUUUUGGGCUCUUGCUUAGAAAGAUUGGAAAGGGUACGUAGUCGCUCACUGUGGUUGUUACAUUGUAUAUUAUCUAACACAAAUGUAACAUCGAAUGAUAUAAAGGAUCGCGUUUAUUACAAUAAAAAUUAUGAAAUGUACCCUAGCAAUUCUGAAAAACGGUGCAUUUAUCUACCUGAAAAUUUUGCCGAUAAAAUAUCAUACAUAGGUAAUUAUUUAUCUUCUAUAAUAAAAAUAUCAAGAACUGUUAUUUCAAAAAGCCUUGGAAUUGUCACUAACAAACAAUAUCUUAACGUUGGAUUGAGAUUAGAUGGUUACGCUAGUAUUGAGACAGCAUUUAAUACGGUAUCUAUCCUCUUAACGGAUAAUGAAUUCGUCAUCAAAUCAUUAUACAAAAUAACAUCAUUAUUGGCAACUACUGAAUACCAAAAAACACUUUCAAUGUUGAUUAAUUAUGAAAUUGGUAAUAAUAUCGCAUCAAAAAUAAUUUCAAUUGGAAUUAGUGAUUUUCCCAUUGAUUCAUUAUUGGCAUUGGAGUUUUUAAUCAUUAAUGACAAAGUGACAAUAGAUAUAACUCCUAUUUUUGAUAAAUUAACCUGUGAUGAGAUUAAAGAUUAUAGUUAUUUAAAGGCAAAAAUUGCAUUGUUACUAUCAAUGCUUAUAUCUCAUAGUAAUAGCCACAACAGAUUACAUUCAGCAAAUAUAUUGUUGAAAUAUCUAACCCAUAAAUAUCCGACCAUAAGACAACUAGUGGUAGAUGGGUUAGUGCUAUUGCCAUUUCUUAACCAGAAAAUUAUAGAUCUGAGUAACGAUUUUGAAUUUAAGCUCAUUAAUAUUGAUAAUCCAGAUGAAUUAAGUAAGGCGGACAACGCAAUUGAGACUAUAAGGAAUUGUAUAUUAGACAACAUUCGCGUAGUAUGA